AUGUUUAACCAGUAUUUGAUAUCAGCAAAGAGUAGUACAAAAAAAGGAGGGAAUUCAGUUGGACAGUGUAACAUUGGAACAUGCUACAGAAAUGUUAAGGAUGAGAAGAAAGCACCGAAAGUGAGAUCCUUAUGGGACAAUGUAGCAUCGGACACUGUAAUGAAAGGCCGAACCACGCAACGUGAUAAUUUAACUUUAGUUGUACGUGCGUAUAAAAUUGCACAUAUUUUGAUGUCAGAUAAAUUACCUAUCGAAGACGAAGAGAAAAUUCUCGCGGACGACAUGAUCUUGCAUGAUAUUAUGAAAAGGUAUAUGCGCUAUCAAAGGUGA